GACAUUAAUGAUGUUUUUUGUGCGAUCUCUUUUUCAAGAAAUGACAUGUAAAAUAAAAAAUAAAACAGAAAAUAUAUUAGGCCAAAAGUCCUCAUUGAAAUUGGGCCUUUUUAUUUUUUAAUUUGAAAAUUUUCAACAUAUUUCCUUGGCUUCAAUGCAAUUUCCUUCCUACCUUUUAUCUAUUUCUAAAUAGUUUCAUGGCUGCCUCACUUCACCACCUUACAUUCUUCUUCCCUCUUCUCCGUCCACCGUCUCCAAAACCCGGAACCGAGCUACAUGGCGCCACAAGUAAACCAAACCCACGAGCUAUAAUGGCUUUUGCUAGCGGUAAAGAUACCCAAGAAGUUGUUCUUCAACCUGGAGAGCGGCUUUAUCUAGGAAUGGACUUUGGAACCUCCGGUGCUAGAUACGCUCUUAUUGACAAACAAGGGACUAUUCAUUCUGAAGGAAAAAGAGAAUACCCGUUCUAUAUGAGUGGAGAAACAAUUGAUUGGGUUCAAUCUUGGAAGACAACAAUUUUCUCACUUCUAGAGGACGUUCCAGUUCAUUUCCGACCACUUGUUGCUUCUAUUUCUAUUGAUGGUACUUCUGCCACUACUAUCAUUGUAGACAGCAAUACAGGAGAACCAUUAUGGAGACCUUUCCUCUACAAUGAGAGUUGUCCUGAUGCAUUGCCAAUGGUAAAAUCCAUUGCUCCUGUAAACCAUACAGUCUGCUCCGGAUCGUCUACCCUGUGCAAGCUUGUUUCAUGGUGGAAUACUGAGGAUUCGAAGAAAGAAUCAGCACUAUUAUUGCACCAGGCAGAUUGGCUUUUGUGGCUUCUUCAUGGAAAACUUGGAGUGUCUGAUUACAAUAAUGCUCUAAAGGUUGGCUAUGAUCCAGAAGUGGAUUCUUAUCCACCAUGGCUGCUGGCUCAGCCAUAUUCACAUCUUUUACCUUCUGUUACAGCUCCGGGAACUUCAAUUGGUUGUUUAAAAGAGAAUAUUAGAACCCAAUUUGGAUUUUCAGAAGAUUGUGUUGUAUGCACAGGAACAACUGAUAGCAUAGCCGCUUUUCUUGCAGCACGUGCAACACAACCUGGGAAAGCUGUCACUUCUUUGGGUUCUACACUUGCUAUUAAGCUACUGAGCACAAGGAGGAUUGAGGAUGCAAGAUUUGGAGUGUAUAGUCAUCGGCUUGACGAUAAGUGGCUUGUUGGAGGUGCUUCAAAUACAGGUGGAGCUGUUCUCAGAGAACUUUUUACAGACGAGCAAUUGGAUAAAUUGAGUGAACAGAUAAAUCCCAUGGAAGCUUCUCCUCUUGACUACUAUCCUCUAACAGCAGCUGGUGAGAGAUUUCCUGUGGCAGAUCCAAAUCUGGCCCCCAGGAAAUCCACCAAGGAUAGAGCACAAUGCUUGUUACAUCCACGCCCAGAAAGUGAUGUUGAGUACUUGCAUGGUAUUUUAGAAUCCAUUGCACGUAUAGAGGCAAAGGCUUAUAGCUUAUUGAAGGAUAUGGGAGCAACAGAAGUUGAAGAAGUUUUUACAGCAGGAGGUGGUGCAAAAAAUGAUAAAUGGAUAAAGAUACGAGAGAGGGUACUCGGCUUGCCUGUGAGUCGAGCAAUGCAAACAGAGGCUGCCUAUGGAGCUGCAUUAUUGGCAUUGAAGGGUGCCCAACAGAGUUUGAAUUAGAAGCUAGCAGAAUCAAAUAUUUGCAUUUUCAGAUUGAUGGCAAAGAAGCCAACUUUGGUAAGACAAAUGGCUGAUGAAUUGUAUUAAUUUCGUAAGUAUAAUUGGGAAAUUCUUGCCUAAACCGUGUCCCUAUGGAUCCUUAAUAUAAGAUGAAAGUGUGAUUAUAUUAAUAUAUAAAUUAAUUAUUAUAAUUCUA